AGCUGUGCCAAGCCUAGCCGAGCACUACCCGCUCUGCCCUCCGCGGUCCUGCCCAGUGCGCCCUGCGCCCGCCCCGGCCUAUCCCGUUCCCAUCCAGCCCAGCCCAGCCCAGGUCCUCCCCUGGCUCCGCGCCCACUAUGGCAGGGCUCGUGGUCAGUGGAACCCAAGUGUCCUACAUUGGUCUGGACUGCAGAGAAAUUCCAGAGCACCUCGGCAGGGACUUUGGCCACUUCGCAAAGAGGCUUGAUCUGAGCUUCAACUUGCUGAGGUCACUGGAAGGACUGAGCGCAUUCACGGGGCUGGAGGAGCUGAUAUUGGACAACAACCUUCUUGGAAACGACCUUGCGUUGCCAGGGUUACCCAGGCUCCAUACCUUAACGCUCAACAAGAACCAAAUCACAGAUCUGGAGGGGCUGCUGGACCAUUUGGCAGAAGUAACACCUGCCCUGGAGUAUCUCAGCCUGUUAGGCAAUAUGGCUUGUCCCAAUGAGCUGGUGAACUUGGAAAAGGAUGAAGAUGACUAUAAGAGAUACAGGUGCUUUGUUCUGUACAAGCUGCCCAACCUGAAGUUUCUGGAUGCAAAGAAAGUCACAAAAUCGGAGCGUGAGGAGGCCCUGCUGAGAGGUGAAUUCAUGAAAGUAGUGAAGCCCAAGGCCUCCAAGGAUGUUGCUUCUGUGUCUUCUCAGCUGCCAUAUACACCUCUGCCUCCUGGUUCUCGGUCACUGACCAGUCACCAAGGUGUUCUAGGAAGGUGUCACUAUGUUUACUAUGGGAAAAACUCCGAGGGCAACAGGUUUAUUCGAGAUGAUCAGCUCUAAGGCUGAGACCAGCCUGCCUGGCCCAAUUUCAUGAGAAUAAGUAGCAGGAAGAAAAAGAAAGAAACAAAGAAAAGAAAAAAGGAAAAAAAGAAGAAAAAAAAAAACCUAGCCAACCCAACUAAUGUUUGCACCAUCAAGGAAGCCGCCUCAGUGCUCUAGUACCUUCUGCUGACUUUGCCAGGCCUGUCAAGAUCAUCCUUCUGUCUCAGUCUGAGUCGUCACAUAGAGAUUGACAUGAUUGCCUUUAAGCAGGUCUCAUCCACCAGCAUGACAGACAGCUGCAGCCAGGCAUCGGGGCUGACAGCAUGAACACCAUGAUAGAUUGCCUGGUCCAUCCACAGCUCGCUGGGGAGCAGAGGUCACACCUGGGGCCCCUGUGAGCAUGCUCAGUUAGCUUUUGCCAGUCAGAGAGACUCCCGUCUUCAGCUUGCCUGUUGAGUGAGAGUUUUGUGGAAUAUCCAGAUGGUUUUUACAAAACAAAAAUGGUUCUGAUGGUGGGGAAGGGCAGGAAGGCCUCAGUCCCCAUCUAUGUUUCCACAAGGUAGAUGCUCACAUUUCACACACAUAUACAUGUAGAACCCCUCCCACUCCUACCCUCUCCAUCCUCCCCCCCAUCCUCCCCCCUUCUUCCCCCGCCCAGCUCCCAAAGCAUCUUUAUCAUGAGCUGAUCUUCAAGGUCUAUCAUUUCUCUGAGGAAGGAUAUUUGCUGUCAGGGAUAUUUCGUGACUUGCUUCCAAAUGAUACAAACUCCCAAUUUUAGUAAAUAUUUUUCCCCAUGUCCCAAACCAAAUCAGUGGGCUCUAGGUCAGUGAAGGCUUCCACAUCCCAGACUUAGAUUUUGCUCCCUCUCCAGAACCAGGUCUUACUGUGGGUAUUCUGGUGGCAGGCCUGUUUCUUUCAUCACCCAUAUUUAAAAACUUGCCUCUGUCCAUACUUGUGUUACUGUAUUUCUUGUCAGAUUUUGUCUUCUGGUCUAGACAUAAUCGCAAGACUAGGUGUGCCUGUCUAUACCUGGUUCACCCGUCCUUAGGGCAUCUGAUUUGGGAUUUUUUCUUAAGUCACUAAGAGAUAAGAAGUAGAAUGAGUAAAAAAAAAAUGAAUUGAAGGGAGAAGAAAACAUCCCCCUCCCCUCCCCCCUUGAACAUCACAUCCAGGAGCUAUCAGGAACAAAAUCUGUAAUGUUUGAGUUGGGAUGGUAUCUUUGAGUAUCCAUGAUGGUUUUGUAAUAAUGAUACCACUUGGGAUGAGUGAUCUUGAGAUUUACAUGUGAAGUACACUUGAAAGAUAAUUGAGGAGAUAGUUGAUGAAACAGGAAAAAAAGCCUUGGCUUUUUUUUUUUUCUUUUCAAUUUAAAUUCAGACCAAGUACUUAGCAUCCUGUUAUCUGUACAGGCUUCCCAAAGCAAGAUUAAUUGAGGGUUGGUCAGAUCUAAAAUAGGAACCUUUCAAAGUGCAAACCUGAAGGAGAAUCCCACUCUAGGUUGGCAAAUACCAGGUCUUUCCAGUAACCAAUUGGCCAUCCCAUUUUGAUGGGUAUGUGAGGCCAUGGACCUUCCAUGCCCUUGGGUGGACAAUCUGGCACUUACCUUUUGAAAAGAGUAUAGAUUUACAAGAGUUCCUGGCAUAAGGAUUCAACACAGGGCAAAUGAAUUGCCCAUAAGUCAGCAGACGUAAGUGGCAAAGUUUCUAUGUUGAUUAUACAGCCUUCACUAAUUAAUUACUUAGACAAAUGUAUAAUGUGGUCCUUAAGGAAAAAAAAAAAGAAUUAGAGGGGUUUGGUUUUUGUAUUUUUCCCUUGGGCAUAAAUAAUGGGAGAGAAAGUACCUUUCUCUCUGAUCUGAACAAUAGCACUAAGGGAAUGCCUUGAGUUAGCUGCAUUUGAACCCCACCCUGGCUCUUCGCUGAGAAACAUCAACACAUGUUUUGUCCACAACAUAUUAUGGGCAGUAAGAGUUCUGGGCAAGGCCAGCAAGACUAGUCCAAUGUCAUAUCCAAUCUGGCAACACAUAUGUCCUUGUCUUUAUAAAAGGCUUUAACCCUGCCUCAAACAAUAAAAAAGCACUUGCGAACUGA